CUGCUUUCUGAAUGGCUGUUUUUGUCCCCAGAGAGGAAGCGGUUUUACCAGAACGUGAGCAUCUCACAAGGAGAAGGAGGCUUUGAAAUAAACCUGGACCACCGGAAGCUGAAGACGCCCCAGGCCAAGCUCUUUGCUGUCCCCAGUGAGGCCUUGGCCAUCGCAGUGGCAACAGAGUGGGACUCCCAGAGAGACACCAUCAAGUUCUACACUAUGCACCUGACCACACUGUGCAACACGGCACUGGACAAUCCCACGCAGAGAAACAAAAUGCAGCUGAUCCGCGCGGCUGUGAAGUUCCUGGAGACUGACACUGUCUGUUAUCGUGUGGAGGAGCCACCUGCCUUGGCAGAGCUGCAGAAGAAUGAAUGGGAUCCCAUUGUCACCUGGGCUGAGGAAAGGUACAACGUGGCAAUUGGCUCUUCAACCAGCAUCCUGGGGCCAAACAUCCCAGCCAGCACCAAGGAGACCUUCGUCAGCCAUCUGGCGUCCUACAACAUGUGGGCCCUGCAAGGAAUAGAAUACGUUGUCACCCAGCUGAAAUCCCUGAUUCUGUCCAUGGGGCUGAUUGACAGGCACAUUACAGUAGAGAGAGCCGUGCUGCUGUCUCGCCUGGAGGAAGAAUACCAGAUUCAGCGGUGGGGCAACGUGGAGUGGGCCCAUGACUACGAUCAGUGCGAGCUGCGUGCUCGCGUGGCAGCUGGGACUCUCUUUAUUCACCUCUGUUCAGAGAGCUCGACUGUAAAACACAAGCUGCUGCAGGACUGAGGCUGCGGGGCCAGGCGCAGGAGGAAAAUGCUCGACUGUGAAUGGAGAGUAACCACCCUCCUGCCUCCACACCUUUCCUGGGAUCAGCCUCAUACUGAGCUGUGG